AUGGCCCCGACCAUGGCGUUGGCGUCUCUGGACGACCCGGGGCCCGGCGCGGGCCCCACCCUGCACUGCGGCCGGAAGAGGCUGCUGCGGCCCCCUCUUUUGAGGGAGUGGGGCGCGGCCCUGGACCUCGCUCUCCGUGCUCUGCGCACCGCGGUGGUCUGGGGGGUCGGCCUCGCGGUGCACAGCGGGGGGCUCGGCUGGCGCAGCUGGGCCCGCCGGCCGGCCUCCUUGAAGGGCUCGGCUGUUUUCUGGAAGGCGUGGACCGACUACAGCCUGCUGGAGGUGGCCGGUUUCGUUACGAUCAUCCUCGGACAGGCCAUCUACGGCGCCAUGUUGCGGGUGCCCGGGCUCAGGUACCCCCCCGACCUCAUGGAGGCCCAGCCGACGCCGUCGCCCGGUGGCAUGCGCAACCUGGCCGCUGUCAUCCAGGUGCGCUCGGACGUUCACAAGCUGGCCGCGGCCGGGCACUCGCCGGGCAGGCUCGCGUCGCCCGGCGCGGACAAGGCGGCCAGCAGUACCGAGCCCUUCACCAUGAACUUUCGGGAGACAUGA